UAGCGUCGUGUUUCGAGCAAAACGUCUAUGUUUUAUAUCAGCAGAAUAGCUGCAGAAGCUGCUCGCCAACGCGCACCACCGUCGGAGUAAAUGAAGCAGAUUCUGCGGGAGCGCGCAGCAGCCCAUCAUCGCGGCGCGCAUGCACAGCUGUUAGCACCAAGGACAGCACCCGCUCAACCCAAGACGCAGUUCGGGAGAUCCGACUGGACGGAGGAACACAGCGGCAAGGAGAGUCGCCAAUUGGAAGCUGGAGCGAUGAUUUAGUUCGUUUUUUGCUCUUUCUUUAAAGAGGCAGGAGGUGAAGGAUGCAGUUUGGAGAUUGACAGUCUGCUCCUGAUACGAUCAUGCACAUUCCUCCGCAUUGCACAUAACCAGCUUUUCUCUCCAGCCUUCCUCUUUCCUUUUUCGGGGCUUCCCCUCCCCUCGCUCUCGUCGCCCACCUGGAUUGUGCCCGCCUUCUUCAGUCCGAGCCGAGCCGAGCCGCCACCGCGGAGAAAAGGGACCGGGCUGUGCUGUGCGGUUUGGCGCUCCACGCGAUGCGUCUGUUUCUACUGGCGGUGCUCCUCUCGUGCUCCUGCGCACGGGCGGGCUGUGAGCCGAAGAUCGUGAACAUCGGGGCCGUCCUGAGCCAGAAGAGGUACGAGCAGGUCUUCAAGGAUGCCGUGAACCAGGCCAACCUGGUCUAUGGCCGGGAUAAGUUCAAGCUGAACGCCAUCUCCGUAACGCACAAGGCCAACGCCAUCCAGAUGGCUCUGUCGGUGUGCGAGGACCUCAUCUCCAGCCAGGUCUACGCCAUCCUGGUGAGUCACCCUCCUCAGUCCAGUGACCACCUCACUCCGACGCCCGUCUCCUACACCGCGGGCUUCUACCGCAUCCCGGUGGUGGGGCUCACCACGCGCAUGUCCAUCUAUUCCGACAAGAGUAUCCACCUGUCCUUCCUGCGGACAGUCCCUCCCUACUCCCACCAAGCACACGUUUGGUUCGAUCUGAUGCGCGAGUUCAACUGGAACCACAUCAUCCUGAUUGUCAGCGACGACCACGAGGGCCGGGCUGCUCAAAAGAGGCUCGAGACUCUCUUGGAGGAGAGGGAAACGAAGAAUAAAAAAAGGAACUAUGAAAACCUCGACCAACUGUCCUAUGACAACAAGCGAGGACCUAAGGCCGAGAAAGUCCUACAGUUCAGUCAGGAGACAAACUUAACCGCCCUGCUGCUGGAGGCUAAAGAGCUGGAGGCCCGAGUCAUCAUCCUGUCCGCCAGCGAGGACGAUGCUGCUGCCGUGUACAAGGCGGCCCGCUUCCUCAACAUGACGGGCUCCGGAUACGUGUGGCUGGUGGGGGAGCGGGAGAUGUCCGGUAAAGCUCUGAGCGAGGCGCCAGACGGUCUGAUCGCACUCCAGCUCAUCAAUGGGAAGAAUGAAUCGGCCCACAUCACUGAUGCCGUGGCUGUGGUGGCUCAGUCCAUCCAAGAGCUCUUUGAGAAGGAGAACAUCACAGAACCCCCGAGAGGUUGCGUGGGCAACACAAACAUCUGGAAAACAGGGCCCCUUUUUAAACGAGUGCUGAUGUCCUCCAAAUAUCCAGAAGGCCUCACGGGACGAGUUGAGUUCAAUGACGACGGAGACAGAAAAUACGCCCACUACAGUAUUCUCAACUAUCAGAAGUCUCGUCUCGUUCAAGUCGGCAUUUACAAUGGCACACAGGUGGUGAUGAACAAUCAGCGGAAAAUCAUCUGGCCUGGAGGGGAGACAGAGAAACCGCAGGGCUUCCAGAUGUCUACUCGAUUAAAGAUUGUGACGAUACACCAGGAGCCGUUUGUAUAUGUGAAACCGACUACGCAAGAAGGGACAUGCAAGGAGGAAAUGACGCUAAAUGGAGUGUUAAUAAAAAAGGUUAUCUGUACUGGGCCCAAUGAGACUAUUCCAGGGCGCCCCACAGUGCCGCAGUGCUGUUAUGGGUUCUGUGUGGAUCUCCUGAUUAAGUUGGCUAUGACCAUGAACUUUACCUAUGAGGUGCAUCUAGUGGCUGAUGGAAAAUUUGGAACUCAAGAGCGGGUGAACAACAGCAACAAGAAGGAGUGGAAUGGCAUGAUGGGAGAGCUCCUGGGUGGCCUGGCUGACAUGAUUGUUGCCCCGUUGACCAUUAACAACGAACGUGCCCAGUACAUAGAGUUCUCUAAACCCUUUAAAUAUCAGGGACUCACUAUUCUUGUCAAAAAGGAAAUUCCUCGAAGUACACUGGACUCAUUUAUGCAGCCAUUCCAAAGCACGCUGUGGCUGCUGGUGGGUCUUUCGGUGCAUGUGGUGGCGGUGAUGCUUUACCUUCUAGACCGGUUCAGUCCAUUUGGAAGAUUUAAAGUAAACAGUGAAGAAGAAGAAGAAGAUGCCCUCACUUUGUCAUCUGCCAUGUGGUUCUCCUGGGGGGUGUUGCUGAACUCUGGAAUAGGAGAAGGUGCACCACGCAGCUUUUCAGCGAGAAUCCUUGGCAUGGUGUGGGCUGGCUUUGCUAUGAUCAUUGUGGCUUCUUACACUGCCAACCUGGCUGCCUUCCUGGUGUUGGACCGGCCUGAGGAGCGCAUCACCGGCAUCAAUGACCCAAGGCUAAGAAACCCAUCUGACAAAUUCAUCUAUGCCACGGUGAAGCAAAGUUCGGUGGACAUCUACUUUCGACGACAGGUGGAGCUUAGCACUAUGUACCGCCACAUGGAGAAACACAACUAUGAGAGUGCUGCAGAGGCUAUCCAGGCUGUGCGUGACAACAAGCUGCAUGCUUUCAUCUGGGACUCUGCGGUGCUGGAGUUUGAAGCCUCGCAGAAGUGCGACCUGGUGACCACGGGAGAGCUGUUUUUCCGUUCGGGCUUUGGCAUAGGCAUGCGCAAGGACAGCCCCUGGAAACAGAAUGUGUCCCUGGCCAUUCUCAGUUCUCAUGAGAAUGGCUUCAUGGAAGACCUAGAUAAAACCUGGGUGAGAUACCAGGAGUGUGACUCACGGAGCAAUGCCCCAGCCACACUCACCUUUGAGAACAUGGCAGGGGUCUUCAUGCUUGUGGCUGGAGGCAUUGCAGCAGGGAUCUUCCUUAUAUUCAUUGAAAUUGCCUACAAACGCCAUAAAGACGCCCGCAGGAAGCAGAUGCAGCUGGCCUUUGCGGCCGUCAAUGUUUGGAGGAAGAACCUGCAGGAAAAAGAUUUUGUUCUCUUUACCUUCCAUUAAUCAAGUAGUGUCAAGCGCCGAUCACCCCACUGUCAUCUAUACCUGCUAAGAGAGAAAAGUCCUGGUUGGCAGAGGGGGAUGAUGGUACAAAAAGAAAGAGCCAAGUCAUGUGACCUGAUGAAAGAGGAUAUUCUGCGGGGCCAGUGCUGGCCAGGAUCGAUCUGUCCUGCUAUUUGUUUUAUGUUUAAUUAUUCUAUGUUUUCCUCCCUUAUAAUGCCCCCUCCAUCCAUGAAACGUUUUGGCAUGUUGAAAUUCACACCACACUGCCCUGCCCAACCCCAAGGGCCUCCCUUGUUGCUGCUACUCAGCUAACAUCACAUUUGUUUUUUGUUUUUAUCAACAUCCAUCUUAGAGUGCUUUUUCAGGAAGGAGCAUCUUUUAUUUACCAUUUGCUGAUCCCAUCUUAUAGUUAGUUAUAAAAAUCUGCUAAGAUUUUCAUUUUUAUUUGCAAUUUUUUAGAGUAAGAAUAUGGGUUUGCUGCUACAUUAGGUAACCAUUCCACCUCAGUCAUAUUCCAUCACAUUCCCUUGAGUGUGGGGUGAAUUUCCAUUAUACCGCUUUACGGUAUAAUGACAUUAAAUGGGCUUCAGUUACUGACUUUUGUCGCUAUUGUUUUCCCUCUUCGAUAUGCAUCCAAAACUGUAGCUUCUCAAUUUUUUAUAUAUCUGCCUGGCUAUGGAUGUGAAUGUUUGCUUUGCUAGCAAUUUUUAAAUAAAUAUCCGCCAUUUUUUUA